GUAAUGUGAACACAUGAUUUAACGUAAAUUUAUUGUAGGAACAAUUACAUUAAUCAGUUUGACUUGCCAUUGAUAAAAUCUAAAUAUAAGUAGGUGCUUGUGUUUAAUCAUAUUUUGUUUGUGUGUGAUGAGAUCUCUUUUUGGUACGGUCCAGUUCAAAGGUUAUGCGCACGCGCUUUCCAAUGUACUGAGUGAGCGGCUUAUUGCUAACUAGCUGAAUCAUUUAGUAAAGGUUCUAUCAUUUUCCAGUGAUUUUGAUUAUCUUGCAGUGCAAUGGCGGCAAGAUAUGACAGGGCUAUUACUGUAUUUUCUCCCGACGGCCAUCUGUUUCAAGUGGAGUAUGCACAGGAGGCUGUAAAGAAAGGUUCCACAGCAGUAGGAAUCAGAGGUAAAGACAUUGUUGUCCUUGGUGUUGAGAAGAAAUCUGUUGCAAAGUUGCAGGAAGAAAGGACUGUCCGAAAGAUCUGUGCUCUGGAUGAACAUGUCUGCAUGGCAUUUGCAGGGCUCACGGCAGAUGCCCGUAUUGUGAUAAACAGAGCUCGGGUUGAGUGUCAGAGCCAUAGGCUAACAGUUGAGGACCCAGUCACAGUGGAAUACAUCACGCGAUACAUAGCGACACUGAAACAGCGCUACACUCAAAGCAAUGGGCGCAGACCUUUUGGAAUCUCUGCGCUAAUUGUUGGAUUUGACUAUGAUGGGACCCCCAGGCUGUACCAGACAGAUCCAUCAGGAACCUACCACGCCUGGAAGGCAAAUGCCAUUGGCCGUAGUGCAAAAACUGUGAGAGAGUUUCUGGAGAAGAAUUACACAGAUGAAGCCAUUGCCGGGGACAAUGAAGCCAUCAAGUUGGCCAUCAAAGCUUUGCUUGAGGUUGUCCAGUCAGGAGGAAAGAAUAUUGAGCUUGCCGUUAUCAGACGGAACCAACCUCUGAAGAUUUUGGAAUCCAAGGAAAUUGAGACCCUGGUGGCUGAGAUAGAAAAGGAAAAAGAAGAGGAGGCAGAGAAGAAGAAGCAGAAAAAAUCCACAUGAAGCAGUUGACAAAGUCUUUUGUUUAUUGCACUUGACAAUAACGCAUUUGGGUUCAAUCUAUUGCUGUCAGAGGGUUUGCUUUUUUUUUUUCUUUGUAAGGAGCUAAGUCCUAACUUGAGACUUGCCGAUGCAACUAAAUUGUUUUUACACAUUUUGUAUAGAUGGUCGACCAUUUUCUCACAAUAGCAAGUUCUACUUGAAGGUUUCGAGUUGAUUGAGUUUGGACCCCCGCUGAUUUGAAAUGAAUGAUAAAUGGGUGCCCAAAUAUUGAGCUGGUGUUGCAUAUGAGCAAAUCUCAAGUUAAGAGUUGGAUGUUUUUCUUUGCUUACAGGAUGUUUUUUCAUUUUGUUCUUAUUUUACAUCAUACAUCAAACAGCCAAGAUACAGAUGAAAGUCAACUGUCAGAAUAAAAUGUGACAUGCAAAACCUUAAAAAAAAACAUAACCAAUCAAGUUUGACAUCUGUGUAUUUUUUUACAAAAAAAUCUGGAUACAAAAUUUCAGUCACUGUAUUCUCCAAGCGAAAUGACCAGUAGGCCUUUAUUAACAGCAACCGAAUUAAGUGGGACUGUAAAACAGUAGAUUGCCCUCCUUGCCUUUAUUGGUUAUUCUACUGCAAAGCAAGUUCUGCAAUAAAGUUACCUGCAGUGAAAAACCGCACUAGAAGCAUUAGUGUGUGGCUAUAAAGUGCA